AUGUCCACCCCGGUCUCCCCUCCCCUCUCGCUCUCCCCGUUGACACCGGCCUCCCCACCAUCGGCAACCUCCCCCGGUGCCUCCCCGCUGCCCUCGCCCCUCUCCCCUCCGGCCAGGGUGCCUGUGUUCCAGAGGAAGGGAGCGCUCAAACACAAGAGGAUUGUCGAGGUGAAAGACCACCAGUUCACGGCCCGCUUCUUCAAGCAGCCCACAUUCUGCAGCCACUGCACCGACUUCAUCUGGGGCAUCGGCAAACAGGGAUUCCAAUGUCAAGUUUGCAGUUUCGUGGUUCACAAAAGAUGUCAUGAGUUUGUGACCUUCACUUGUCCCGGCUCUGUGGCAGGCCCCAGACCAGAUGACCUGAAGACUCAACACAUGUUUAAGGUCCAGACGUACUCCAGUCCCACCUUCUGCGACCACUGUGGCUCGCUGCUGUACGGACUCAUACACCAGGGCAUGAAAUGUGGCUGUUGUGACAUGAAUGUCCAUCGACGGUGUGAGACCAGUGUUCCCAGUCUCUGUGGCCAAGACCACACAGAGAAGAGAGGAAGGGUCCACCUGACCAUCAGAGGAGAGAAUGAGGAUGUCUUUGUCACAGUGCGGGAGGCCCGUAACCUGAUGCCCAUGGAUCCAAACGGUCUGUCAGACCCGUACGUCAAACUGAAAUUGAUUCCAGACCCAAAGAGCCACAGCAAACAGAAGACCAAGACCAUCCGCUCAACACUCAGUCCUGUCUGGAAUGAGAGCUUCACCUUCUCCGUGCGUGGCCACCAGUGGGACAGGCGCCUGUCUGUGGAGGUAUGGGACUGGGAUCGCACGUCUAGGAACGAUUUCAUGGGAGCGCUGUCAUUCGGAGUGAGUGAGAUCUUCAGGCGUCCCAUCAGCGGCUGGUUCAAACUGCUGGCCCAAGAUGAGGGAGAGUACUACAACAUUCCCGUGCCAGACCCAGACCUGGAGGAGCCUCAGCCAGACGGCACAACACCGUCUCUGCCUCAAGCGCUACCUGCCGCGCUGUCUGAACCAUUCCCAGCGGCUCUCACCCCGACCCCUCUACCAUCCGGCCCACCGGUCCACACCCCCGGCCCUGCCAAAGUCAAAGUUGGCAUCCUCGACUUCAACUUCCUCAUGGUGCUGGGCAAAGGCAGCUUUGGCAAGGUGCUGCUGGCGGAGGAGCGAGGCAGCGAGCGUCUGUUCGCCGUGAAAGUGUUGAAGAAAGAUGUUCUCUUCCAGGACGAGGACACCGAGAGCGCUCUGGUGGAGAGGAGGGUUCUGGCGCUUUCCUCUCGCCCUCACUUCCUCACAUCUCUCUACUGCGCCUUCCAGACUGAGGACCGUCUGUAUUAUGUGAUGGAAUACGUCAACGGAGGAGACCUGAUGUUUCACAUUCAGAUAGUCGGCAAGUUCAAAGAGCCUCAUGCAGCGUUUUAUGCAGCGGAGAUAGCGGUCGGCCUCUUCUUCCUCCACAGCAAGGGCAUCAUCUACAGGGAUCUAAAGCUGGAUAAUGUGCUGCUUGACAGCGAGGGCCACAUAAAGAUAGCUGACUUUGGGAUGUGCAGGGAGGGCAUGUUGGAGGAGGACUCCACGCGCACCUUCUGUGGCACCCCCGACUACAUCGCCCCUGAGAUUGUGGCAUACCAGCCCUAUGAUAAAGCAGUAGACUGGUGGUCCUAUGGAGUACUGCUGUAUGAAAUGCUGGCAGGACAGCCACCAUUUGACGGUAUUGACGAGGAGGAGCUGUUUCAGUCCAUCAUGGAGCAGAGUGUGGUAUACCCAAAAAGUCUCACUCGGGAAGCCGUCUCUAUCUGCAAGGGACUCCUGACGAAGCACCCGGCCAAGCGUCUAGGUGGAGGAGACGAGGCAGAGAGAGAAAUUCGGGAGCAUCCGUUCUUCCGCUGGAUUGACUGGGACCGUCUGGAGAGACUGGAGAUCCAGGCGCCCUUCAAACCCAGAACUGGUGGGAGAAAAGGAGAAAACUUCGACAAUUUCUUCACAGCAGCUCCGUCAGCGCUCACUCCCUCUGACCCGGAUAUACUAGCAGCCAUCAACCAGGAAGACUUCCAGGGCUUCACCUUCCAAAACCCAGACUUUGCCCCUUCUCCUCUCACGGCUGUUUGA